AUGGCAACCCCGGCACCCCCACCAGCGCCUCUGACGGUCCUGUCUCGCUGGUACCUGUACGCCAUCCAUGGCUACUUCUGCGAGGUCAUGUUCACCGCCGCCUGGGAGUUUGUGGUCAACCGCAACUGGAAGUUUCCUGGUGUGACCAGUGUAUGGGCUCUGCUAAUCUACGGGACCUGCAUCCUCAUCGUGGAGCACAUGUACCUGGCCCUCCGAGCUCUCCGUUGCCCCGUGCUGCUGCGAUGCCUCAUCUAUACCCUAUGGACGUAUAUCUGGGAGUUCGGUACAGGGCUGUUGUUGACCCAGUUCGACGCCUGUCCCUGGGAUUAUUCCCAUUUUCAGUAUAACUUUAUGGGGUUGAUCACAGCGGAGUACGCCCUGCCCUGGUUUUGUGCAUCUUUCAUGACGGAGCGACUGGUUAUACGCAACACGCUGCGGUUACGGAUGGACAGGGACAGGGUGGAAGGGGACCAGUCGGAUGCAGGCGGGGGAGGAGGAAGGAAAGUGUGGGGCGAACAAAGAGGAGCCAACUGCUAUCUUAAAUUGGACUGA